AUGUUGUCUUUGCCCGCUCACCAUCUCCAUUGCAACAAUGAGCUAGCUCAACGGCUAGACAACCGUCCAAUCGCUGCCGCCGCCGAGAACGCCUCCGUGGAGAACCGCUGGUGUCAACUGCGAGACACGGUCCAGUCGACGGCGCUCGCCGUCCUCGGUUGCGCUCCCCGCCAACACCAGGACUGGUUCGACGACAACGACGUCGUCAUCAGCAAUCUGCUCGCCGAGAAGAGUAGCCUAAGAAGCCUACGUAGACCACCCCACUGA